AAGCGCCGCUACACGCUCGAAAGAUCAGCUGGGAAGUCCAGAAGAAUACCCUGGGUUUUAAAGAGUGAUCGAUAACGUAAAAAAGAUGAACAACCGACUGCAGGAAAUACGCGCCAGGCAGAAACUGCGCAGGAAGCUGCUCGCCCAGCAGCUGGGAGCUGAAAGUGCCGACAAUAUUGGAGCUGUACUAAACAGCAAAGAGGAGCAAAGGGAGAUAGCAGAAACAAGAGAAACUUGCCGUGCUUCGUAUGACACAGCAGCUUCAAGUUCAAAGCGCAAGGUACCUGAAGAGGAAGCCAACGAAGAGGUGGUGGAGGAAUGCAAGGAUACAGUUGAACCACAAAAAGAGGAGGAAAAUCUGCCUUAUAAGGAAGAAAUUUAUAAAGACUCCAGCACCUUUUUAAAGGGAACCCAAAGCCUGAAUCCUCACAAUGAUUACUGUCAGCAUUUUGUUGAUACAGGACACAGACCGCAGAACUUCAUUCGAGAUGUUGGAUUAGCAGACAGAUUUGAAGAAUACCCAAAAUUAAGGGAGCUGAUCAGGCUGAAGGAUGAACUAAUAAGUAAAUCCAACACUCCACCAAUGUACUUACAAGCAGACCUGGAAACCUUUGAUCUGCGAGAGCUGAAAAGCGAGUUUGAUGUGAUCCUUCUGGAGCCUCCGCUCGAGGAGUAUUACAGAGAGACUGGUAUCGCAGCUAAUGAAAAGUGGUGGACCUGGGAAGAUAUCAUGAAGUUGGAUAUAGAAGGCAUCGCGGGCUCAAGAGCCUUUGUGUUUUUGUGGUGCGGCUCCGGAGAAGGUCUGGAUUUUGGCAGAAUGUGUUUGCGCAAAUGGGGUUUUAGGAGAUCAGAAGAUAUUUGUUGGAUUAAAACAAACAAAGACAACCCUGGAAAAACGAAGACAUUGGAUCCAAAGGCGAUAUUUCAGAGGACGAAGGAGCAUUGCCUCAUGGGUAUAAGAGGAACCGUGCACCGCAGUACUGACGGAGACUUCAUCCAUGCAAAUGUUGACAUUGACCUCAUCAUCACUGAGGAACCCGAAAUUGGCAACAUAGAGAAGCCAGUUGAGAUUUUUCACAUCAUUGAACAUUUCUGUCUUGGAAGGAGACGACUCCACCUUUUCGGACGGGACAGCACAAUAAGACCAGGUUGGCUGACCGUUGGUCCUACACUUACAAACAGCAACUUUAUUUCAGAGACUUUUGCUUCGUAUUUCACUGCUCCCAAUACCCCUCUGACUGGAUGCACAGAGGAGAUUGAGAGACUGCGCCCCAAGACGCCUCCACCUAAAUCAGACCGUGGGUUUGGUGCAUCCAGAGGCGGUGGGCGAGGUGGACCUUCGGCGGGCCGUGGAGAAAGAGGAAGAGAAAGGAACCGGGGCAGUUUUAGGGGUGAUAGGGGAAAUUUCCGAGGACGUGGUGGACCACACAGGGGAGGAUUUGCCCCUCGCUGAUUCAUUCCAAAAUGAGAUUUUUUUUAAAAAAAAAUUUGUUUUAACCUCUAAAUCCUUUACAAAAAAAACUCAUUAAGUUAAGAAAGGAUGCUUAAAGUUUUGAA